CAUUGGUUAUGUUUAUAUAAAAUGUGAUAUUCUGAUAUUUUACAAAUUUAAAGAAAACUUUAUGAAAUAAAAAUAUUAUUUUUUGUUUUUAUUUGUUUGUUUAUUUAUUAUUUAUUUGUUUCUAUAAUAAUGUCUCAUAUGAGGAGCAUUGUGUUGGGAGAAGCAUCAGAAUCAGAUAAUGAUGAUGAGAUUUUCAGUUAUGAGAAAGGCAGACUAGAAUAUUCAGAACUUUCGAUAGUAAGUGGAGAAGCUCCAGAAUCUGACGAUGACCAGGCCCCGACUGUAUUUCAAAUACCUCCUUCAGGAGACAAAAUUGUGAAAAACUUGGAUGAGAAUGAAAAACGAUAUAAUACACUGUUGCAUAAAAAAUUAUGUGAAAGUAAUCAAAAACUGAGAAAAAGCAUUGCAGAUGUGUACACAAGUACAACAUCGAAAGCAAUAAAGCAGUUGAGCACAGCCGAUAGAAAUUUAUUGCAGUCUCAAAUAAUUUUGCAGUCUGCUUCAGGUUAUUUGCAUUCGGUAGAAGAAAAUUUAAGGCAUUUGCAUACACGACUGCAUGAUGUAUUGGAUUGUAAUUUUAUUCCAGAUAUACACAUUCCGAAAGAAUGAAAAUUGUUAAUUGUUUGAAAAUGUAUACUCUUUGUUAAUAAUUU